AUGUCCGCCGUAUUCAAGCAGCUGUCCGGCAACGACCGCGACGAUGAAAAGCCCACCGGCGAGAAGAGGAACAAGCAGCGUGUGCUCAUCCUCAGCUCGAGAGGUGUCACAUUCCGCCAUCGCCACCUGCUGCAGGAUCUGUACUCGCUGAUGCCUCACAGCCGGAAAGAGGCCAAGUUCGACUCCAAGACCAAGCUCUACCAGCUGAACGAGAUGGCAGAACUCUACAACUGCAACAACAUUCUGUUCUUCGAAGCGAGGAAAGGAAAGGAUCUGUACUGCUGGAUGAGCAAGCCGCCAAACGGCCCUACAGUCAAGUUCCACCUGCAGAACCUGCACACCAUGGAGGAACUCAACUUCAUCGGCAACUGUCUCAAGGGCUCCAGGCCCAUUCUCUCAUUCGACGCAGCCUUUGAGAAGCAGGCCCACCUCCGCGUCAUCAAGGAGCUGUUCACCCAGAUCUUCGGUGUGCCCAAGAACUCCCGCAAGACGAAGCCCUUUGUCGACCACGUCAUGGGGUUCACGGUUGCCGACGGCAAGAUCUGGAUCCGCGUGUACCAGAUCAACGAGUCCGAGACGAGCAAGAAGAAGCCCGUCGACGGAGCCGACAGGGACCCCGACGAGACGGCGAACAAGAAGAAGGGGAAGAGCUCCGACUUUGACGUCAGCCUGGUGGAGAUUGGGCCGCGCUGCGUCCUCACACCCAUUGUCAUCCAGGAAUCGAGUUUCGGCGGGCCCAUCAUCUACGAGAACAAGGAGUUUGUGUCGCCCAACCAGAUCCGUUCGGACCUGCUCAAGGCCAAGGCUGGCCGCUUCAACACCCGCACAGACGCCCAGAGGGACUCGAGAAACAGGCGCGCAGACCUCGGCCUCACGAGCCACGGAGGCGUCAAAAAGGCAAAGGACCCGCUCAGCGACGCUGUCCUCUUUGCAUAG